CUCCUUCUCAACUUUUUUUUUUUUGUGAAAUUUUCCUAAGAAAUAAAAAGUAAAAUCACUCACAGGCAGAGGUCUAUCCAUAUCAGAUUUCUCCAUCACUUGUCGUCAAAAAACGAUAUCUUUUUUCUCGCCGCGUUUUUUCUUCUUUUUGCCCCUUUUUCUAAGUUAUUGAAGAAAGAUUAUUCUUUGAUUUUGCUGCUCUGAUCUCAAGUCUGAAGCUUUUUUUUUUUUGCUCGAUGAUGAUGAUGGUUGGUUGUAGUAGAUGUGUACUAAUCUCAGUUUGGUUGUAGCAUAAGAUUUUUAGGUUAAAAAUCGAUUUGGGUUAUUCAUCCAAGCAUCAAAAAAGCUUUUUUUUUUUUGUGAGUUUGUUUCUUUUAGAAGAAAUUCUUGGGGGGUUUUUUAAUUUUUUUUUUUCUUGUUUUGCUUUUGUGAUCGUUCUUAUAACUAGAAGAAAGGAAGGUCUUUUGGGAUCCACUCGAUCGGAUUUUUAGGCGACGCGAUUUGUGAUCUGGGUGAAAAGUAUAUUUCAGAGAUCAAGCUUGGUCUAUACUACUUAGUUGAAUUGGUGUCAAUUUCAUUCUUAGGAGAACCAAAAAAAAGUCUACUGACUUUUUUUAUUCAUAAAAGGAGAUAAUGGAUCGUGUGGUUGGUGGUAAGUUCAAGCUCGGACGAAAGCUUGGAAGUGGUUCCUUUGGUGAAAUUUUCUUAGGAGUGAAUGUACAAACCGGAGAAGAAGUGGCUGUUAAGCUCGAACCUCUCCGAGCUAGGCAUCCUCAGCUUCAUUACGAGUCAAAGCUUUAUAUGCUUCUCCAAGGAGGAACUGGUAUUCCUCACAUCAAAUGGUUUGGGGUUGAGGGUGAAUUCAACUGUAUGGUGAUCGACCUUCUUGGUCCUAGUAUGGAGGAAUUUUUCAACUAUUGCAGUCGAUCCUUCACUCUUAAGACUGUUCUCAUGCUCGCUGACCAGAUGAUAAAUAGAGUCGAGUAUAUGCAUGUACGAGGGUUUCUUCAUCGUGAUAUUAAACCAGACAACUUUUUGAUGGGUCUUGGACGCAAAGCAAACCAGGUGUACAUCAUUGACUAUGGGCUUGCCAAAAAGUAUAGAGAUCUUCAAACACACAAGCAUAUUCCAUACAGGGAAAACAAGAAUCUUACAGGGACUGCUCGAUAUGCAAGUGUCAAUACCCAUCUUGGAAUUGAGCAAAGCAGAAGGGAUGAUCUUGAAUCUCUUGGCUAUAUGCUUAUGUAUUUUCUUCGAGGAAGCCUUCCUUGGCAAGGCCUUCGUGCAGCCACCAAAAAGCAGAAGUAUGACAAGAUCAGUGAAAAGAAGAGGCUUACACCAGUAGAGGUCCUUUGUAAAGGCUAUCCACCUGAGUUCACAUCGUAUUUUCUCUAUGUGCGUUCAUUACGGUUUGAAGACAAACCAGAUUAUUCAUACCUAAAGAGGCUUUUCAGAGAUCUGUUUAUCCGAGAAGGUUAUCAGUUUGACUAUGUAUUCGAUUGGACAAUAUUGAGGUAUCCACAGUUUGGCUCCAGUUCCAGCUCCAAUUCCAAACCAAGACCAAGCUUAAGACCUGCUAUGAAUAUUCCAGUACCAUCUACCGACAAAGCGGAGAAGCCUUCAAUUGGGCAGGACAGUCGCGAGAGGUUCUCAGGUGUUUUCGAGGCGUACACUAGAAGAAAUAGUUCAGGAACUGGCGUUCAAGCUGAUCGAUCUGGUAGACCAAGAACCUCGGAGAAUGUUCUUGCAUCCAAGGAUACGCAAAACCAGGAGAGGCCAAUCACUUUAUCUAGGAACCAGAGUUUAACAAGAAAAGCAGUUGCUGGGUCAAGUGUUCGAGCCACUUCCUCGGCUGAUUUCACAGAGAAUCGAUUGAGUAGACUCGUCCCAAACAAUGGUCGGUCCUCUACAACUCAGAGGACCCAGUUCGCUUCUUCGUCCUCAUCAUUAGCCAUGAAGGCUGCUCCAGCAAGAACUGCUCGUGACAUUACGCUCCAGAGCCUCGAGCUCCUCAGUAUUGGGAACAGCAAGAGGAAGUGACUGGCUGAAAUUUGCCGCCCGCCAGAUUCACAGUUGGUUCAUAUCUUUAUCCAUCUUUGUUUGAGAAAUUACUGUUAAGAAAGAAAAACAUACAUGAUUUGCUUACAGAUAUGUGAUAUAAAAUUUAUACAUGGCUUUACUUCAUAAAAUCAGUGUUGUUCAUAUUGUAUUUGUUAAAUUUAUAUUAUUCUCUAUACCAAUGUAUGGUGCGUUUAAAUGUGUC